ACUAAAUCUAACUUCAAGUCUAUGCCCCUCUUGUGUUUCAAUGUUGACACAUAUUCUCCACUUCUUGGUUCACACGACCAAAACAUUUUUUCUCUAUGCUCUCUUCACCUUUGUGAUUUGCUAAGUCACACUCCCACUCUCUCUCCCUUUCUAUAUAAACUCACAAUUUCUCUUCUCUCUUUCUGUAUAGCUUGCCACAUUCUGAAUUCAACAAUUCUUUUAUCCUACUUUGUCUUCACUUCAUCAUCAUCAUCUCAUCUUAGGCUAAUAACUGAGGAGAGAAACAUGCUUAGUCCUGAAGGAGAAAUUAAAAUAACUUUUGGUUACAAAUGCAAUAAUGAUAGAGGUAUUUCUAGCGAGAUCACCGAAAUCCGUAGAACAAGUAGUUUCUCUUGUUUAUCUGGUGCAGCCUUAAGUGCAAAUGCUACACUAGCCAACACAAACAUCUGCAAUGGUAAGAUAGGUGGAGAGAUCCUUCCGAGUUGGGACUCUCCUAAUUCGUUUCGUAGAGUACCUUCUUCGCCAAGUCAUUCACGGUUGGAUAGAUUAUCGUCUUCCCUCCCAAAUAGUCUCUCUUACCUUAGUUGCAGUCCAUCAACUGCUAGUGACAGCCUUGAAUACGAGUUGAAAUCUGCGAGUGAUCGUUCCAGUAGCGACGGAUUUCUUAUUGCCACUGAAGUUCAAGUAGCAGGAGGAGCUGCAGGCGAAGAUAGAGUUCAAGCGGUUUGUUCUGAAGAAAAUGGCUGGCUCUUUUGCGCAAUUUAUGACGGGUUUAAUGGAAGAGAUGCUGCUGAUUUUCUAGCAGGUACCCUUUACGACACCAUCAUAUCUUAUCUAGAUAAGUUAAUUUGGGAAUUGGAGCCAGGUUCCACCGCAGCUUCCAAUCACGCGGAUUUGGGUGAAUUCUUUCGAUAUAAGUUGGACGAUAGUCUUCAUUGUCACGAGGGUCGUUCUCAGUCAAGCACAUCGCGCGAGUCUUUUUCGCGUGGAGUACUUGAUAGCCUCGAACAUGCUCUCAGUCAGGCUGAGAACGAUUUCUUAUACAUGGUUGAGCAGGAAAUGGUGGAACGUCCGGAUUUAGUUUCGAUUGGAUCUUGUGUUCUGCUUUUGCUUCUUCAUGGUAAUGAUUUGUAUACAUUGAAUCUUGGAGACAGUAGAGCAGUAUUGGCGACAUGCAGUAACGAUGACAGAAUGAGUAAGACUGAAAGACUCGAGACUAUACAGCUUACAGAUAAUCACACCGUCGAUAACGAAGCUGAAAAAGCUAGACUCAUUGCUGAACAUCCUGAUGAUCCUAAGGUCGUCAUAGCAGGAAAAGUGAAAGGUAAAUUGAAGGUCACUCGUGCAUUCGGAGUUGGCUACUUAAAAAAGAAAAAUCUGAAUGAUGCUUUGAUGGGAAUCCUUAGAGUUCGCGACCUUACGAGCCCACCAUAUGUUUCCACUCAACCAUCACUAAAUGUCCAUAAAAUCUCAAACUCCGAUCAAUUUGUUAUAGUAGGGAGCGAUGGUUUAUUCGACUUUUUCAGCAAUGAAGAGGCGGUGACACUUGUUGAGUCUUACAUCAUAAGCAAUCCUUUUGGGGAUCCUGCAAAGUUUCUCAUAGAGCAACUUGUAGCUAGAGCAGCUGAUUCUGCAGGUUUCAGCAUGGAAGAGUUGAUGAAUGUUCCGGCCGGAAGGAGAAGAAAGUACCAUGAUGAUGUUACUGUAAUAGUGAUCAUGCUUGGGAUGAAUCAACGGACUUCAAAAGCUUCAACUUGCAUCUAAGACAAACUAGGAUAUGAUGCAGUUUUCAAUCUCGACCGUUAAUAUGAGAUAUGACAGUUUAGAUUACACUGCAACAAAUUCUGUUUAAAUCAGCCUAGACCGUUAAUUUGAGAUCAGAGUCGAAAUCGAAAACUGCGUGACACAGAUACUGCACCAAAUCCAAAUGCAUAUGAAAUUGUCCAAAGAUAACUUGUGUGUAAGCUUGUAUGUAAAUAGCUUUUCAAUGAAUGCUCUUUAGUAGGAUAAAUUUAUGGUAUUGAAAGUGUGUAUAUAUAUGCCAUUUUACAAAAAACAUUUAGUCCUUUAUAUGUAAAAUAUAUGUAUUCAUAUUUGUACGAGUCUUUUUUUAUUUUA